AUGGCCAACGAGGAUUUAAUAAACCAGAAAAUAAGGGAGCAAGACGACCACACACUCUCAACACUAUUCACGCCUAACCAUCUCAUCCACCUGAUCGAUCCGUCGGCUCUCAUUCCCCCAUUCGAUACGUUGCUGCUCCUUCAAAAGCAGGAUACGCACACAUUUGCGCACCACAAGGAGCAGAUAGAAUGUGCGAGAACACUUGGCGAUAAUUACGUGUCCGUUAAAAGACGGGUGAUCGGCAACAUCCGGUUUUGCAGGGAGAACGUGGAAUGUGUGAAGUAUUUGCUGGUGCUUUUCAACAAAAACGUAUGUCAGGCAGUGGUUGGCAAUCUCAUACUGCUGUUUUACAUGCGGAUGCGCAGUUUCAAGAUGAUGAGCAAUUUGGUGGCAGUUAUUGAUGAGCGUGGCAUUCUCAGGCGCGGUGAUGACGAAACAGCACGCACAAGCGCUAAACGUGGAGCGAGAAGCGGCGCCGAUCCGGUGCAGGUGCCGUACGAUGUGAGCACAGCGGUUACGUUCAAGGACACGCUCAUCUUUAACGCAUUUAAGGCGACUGUUCUGUUCAAGACGUACAAAUUCAGCGAGUCGGAGAAGUACCUGAAAAUGCUUCUGAAUUACCGAAGCAUACAGCGCAAUAAGAGCGUGUACAGUCAGCUGAAAUGCAUGUUGUGCGUUACUCUCUUUGUGAAGGACAUGAACGUGUGCUGUGAUGACCACGAGAUCAACGCCCUGAUGUGCAUGGUGCGUAAGUGCAGGUUGCGAGAUAUUGCGCGCAGUAAUGACCGUAUUGUUGGCACGUACUUUUAUUUUUUGGCUGUGCGUAAUUUGAUACGGUUUUGCUACCAAGAGUACGGCACGCACCACAAAUUGGAAAUGCGAUGGCUCAGAAGUGCGUUUGUGCUCAACGGUGUGGCUGAGGAUGAGUGCAUUUUUUUGAUCAUGCAGACGAUCUGCAAAGGGUACGUGAAGGGGUACGUGAGCGUGGGUAGGGAUGUGGUAGUUUUUAGCAAAGUUGAUCCCUUUCCACACGUCGUUGUGUAA